UUAGGAUGGAGACAUGCAAGAGAGAAGAGCUGCGGCAUAUUUAUCACGCAUAAACUGAAAAUAUAUCGUAUUUUUACUUUAUGACGCUCGUGAUGGACGUGGAGGUUGUAUUUGUGAAUUUGCAUCUAAUAACUGACCGGGAGCCUCAUCACUUUGGGAAUUUAAACGUGUUAUAUUUUUUCUGAAUCCAGUGGGAGAACCGUCCUGGAAAAAGUUUAUAACAAUGUCGGAUAGUAAGGUAAAAGUUGCAGUUAGGGUCCGGCCCAUGAACCGGAGAGAAAUUGAACUGAAUACAAAAUGUGUUGUGGACAUGGAGGAAAAUCAAACUGUUCUGUGCCCCCCGCCUCCAAACUCAAAAGGGGAAAACAGAAAACAAACCAAGGUGUUUGCCUUCGACUACUGCUUUUGGUCCAUGGAGGAGUCAAAUGUUACAAAAUAUGCAGGUCAAGAAGUAGUAUUCAAGUCCCUUGGAGAAGGGAUUCUUGAAAAUGCAUUUCAAGGAUACAAUGCCUGCAUUUUUGCCUAUGGACAGACAGGUUCGGGCAAGUCUUUCUCAAUGAUGGGCACUGCAGAUCAGCCAGGCCUUAUCCCUCGCCUCUGCGGUGCUUUGUUUGAACGAGUUUCUAAAGAAGGAAACGAAUCGCACUCUUUUAAAGUUGAGGUUUCCUACAUGGAGAUCUAUAAUGAAAAGGUCAGGGACCUGCUGGAUCCUAAAGGGAGUCGUAUCUCCCUGAAGGUUCGGGAGCACAAGGUGUUGGGGCCGUACGUGGAUGGUUUGUCUCAGCUUGCGGUCACCUGCUUUGAGGACAUAGAGUCGUUAAUGUCGGAAGGUAACAAAUCGAGAACAGUGGCUGCUACCAACAUGAAUGAAGAAAGCAGCCGCUCCCAUGCAGUUUUCAGUAUCCUCAUAACCCAGACACUUUACGACCUACAGUCAGGAAACUCUGGAGAGAAGGUGAGCAAAGUUAGUUUGGUGGACUUGGCCGGGAGUGAGAGGGCGUCAAAAACGGGAGCAGCGGGGGAGCGACUGAAGGAAGGAAGCAAUAUAAACAAGUCCCUUACCACAUUGGGGUUGGUUAUUUCUGCAUUAGCUGACCAGUCAGCGGGGAAGGGGAAAACCAAGUUUGUGCCUUACAGAGACUCAGUUCUUACUUGGCUGCUCAAGGAUAACUUGGGAGGAAACAGCAAAACUGCCAUGAUAGCUACAGUGAGCCCGGCCGCUGACAACUACGAGGAAACGCUUUCCACUUUGAGAUACGCAGACAGGGCCAAGAGGAUAGUCAACCACGCCGUGGUGAAUGAGGACCCCAACGCCAGGAUCAUCAGAGAGCUGAGGGAAGAAGUGGAAAAGCUGAGGGAGCAACUAUCACAAGCUGAGUCAAUGAAAGCACCAGAACUGAAAGAAAAACUUGAAGAAUCUGAAAAACUUAUCCAAGAAAUGACUGUAACCUGGGAGGAGAAACUUCGAAAAACUGAAGAAAUUGCACAGGAGAGGCAGAAACAGCUCGAGAGUAUGGGAAUUUCUCUUGAGUCCUCUGGUAUCAAGGUCGGAGAGGAUAAAUGUUUUCUAGUCAACUUGAAUGCCGACCCUGCCCUUAAUGAGCUUCUGGUCUACUAUUUAAAGGAACACAACAGAGUAGGUGCGGACACAUCUCAGGACAUCCAGUUGUUUGGGAUUGGAAUUCAGCUAGAGCACUGCAUUCUUGAGAUUGCUGCAGAUGGAGAUGUAGCUCUCACUCCAAUUGAGAAUGCCAGAACCUGUGUAAAUGGAACAGUGAUCUACUCUUUAGCCCACCUGUGGCAUGGGGAUCGGAUACUGUGGGGAAACAACCACUUCUUUCGAAUCAAUUUGCCCAAGCGGAAGAGAAGGGACAGAUUAAAAGAGGUCGAAAGAGAGUCAGACCACGACGUGGAGACGGCCAGCGAGGCUUCCUCUGAACAAGACUACAGCUAUGAGUUUGCCCAGAUGGAAGUUAUGAUGAAAACCCUGAACAGUAACGACCCCAUUCAGAACGUGGUGCAGGUCCUGGAGAAGCAGUACCUGGAGGAGAAGAAGAAUGCCCUGGAGGAGCAGCGCGUGAUGUAUGAGCGUGAGCUGGAGCAGCUCCGGCAGCAGCUCUCCCCAGAGCGACAGCACCACAGCAGCAUUGACAGGCUCUCCUUCACUUCUCAGACCGACCAGCAGAAGGUCAAGCUCUGGUCUGAAGAAAGAGAUGAGCUGUUCAGGCAGAGUUUAUCCAAGCUGCGCGAGCAAGUAGUCCGAGCCAAUGCACUUGUGCGAGAAGCUAACUUCUUAGCGGAGGAAAUGAAGAAGAACACAGACUACCAGGUGACGCUCCAGAUUCCAGCUGCCAACCUCAGCGCUAACAGAAAGCGAGGCGCUAUCGUGAGUGAGCCGGCUAUCCAGGUACGGAGAAAAAGGAAAGGCACCCAGGUGUGGACCAUCGAAAAGCUGGAGAACAAACUGGUGGAUAUGAGAGACCACUACCGCGACUGGAAAGAGAACAAUGUGGAGAUCCAAAGCAAGCUCAACGACAAACAGGGUGACCCUUUCUAUGAGGCCCAGGAAAACCAUAACCUCAUUGGUGUAGCUAAUGUUUUCUUGGAGUGUCUUUUCCAUGACGUCAAGCUUCAGUAUGCAGUUCCCAUCAUCAGCCAGCAGGGGGAGGUUGCAGGUAGACUACACGUGGAGCUGAUGCGGGUCAGUGGGGCUGUUCCUGAGCGUCUGGCAGGAGGAGACGACUCUUCUGAGAACUCCAGUGAGAGCGGCAGGUAUGAGGUGAUGGACAACAAUGGAGAAAUCGUCCACAUUGCAAAGAAACUAGCAUGCAGGGUGAAAAUCAAAGAAGCCACAGGUCUACCCUUGAACCUUUCCAACUUUGUGUUCAGUCAGUACACCUUCUGGGAUCAGUCCGAGGCCACUGUUGCACCGCCUAUGGUCAACCCUGACAUGCCGUCUGUAAGGAACAAGGAUGCACAGUUCACAGUGAAAUUUGAGCACUGCAAGGACUACGUGGUUCACGUGACGGAGGAAUUCCUGGAAUUCAUUUCGGAAGGUGCCUUGGCGAUCGAGGUGUGGGGUCACCGAUGUGCAGGAAAUGGCAGGUCACUUUGGGAGUUGGACGCAAUGCAGGCAAAAACACGAACAUUCAGAGACAGAUGGAGUGAAGUGUCUCGGAGGAUUGAAAUGUGGAUUUCCAUUCAGGAGCUCAAUGAGAUGGGGGAGUACACAGCUGUGGAGCUGCACCAGACUAAAGACGUCAACACUGGCGGGGUCUUUCAGCUCCGGCAGGGUCACUCUCGUAGGAUCCAGGUCACAGUGAAGCCUGUCCAACAGUCCGGCACACUGCCUCUCAUGGUGGAGGCCAUUCUCUCAGUUUCUAUUGGCUGUGUUUCCGCUCGAUCAACUAAACUGCAACGGGCCUUGGACAGUUACCAGAAAGAGGAUGUUGGUGAUGAUAUGGAUAGUUACCAGGAGGAAGAUUUAAACUGUGUGAGAGAUAAGUGGUCUGAAGCAUUAAUAAAACGCAAAGAAUACCUGGAUGAGCAAAUAAAAAAAAUCAUCAAUAAACAAGAGAAAACGGACGAGGAUGUGGAGCGGGAGGCCCGUCUUGUGGAGCAGUGGGUGGGGCUGACGGAGGAGAGGAAUGCAGUCCUGGUGCCCGAGCCGGGCAGUGGCAUCCCAGGAGCACCUGCACGCUGGGCUCCCUCCCCUGGAAUGGAGGCUCAUAUUCCAGUCCUCUUCCUGGAUUUAAAUGCUGAUGACCUCACAGCGAAUGAACAGCUAACAGGACCUCAUGCGGCAGGAGUCAACUCCAUUGUACCGAAGGAACACGGGAGCCAGUUCUUCUACUUGCCUGUCAUAGGGCACAGUGAUGAUGAGGUGUUAGCUGUUGCUUCUUGGGACUCUUCAAUCCAUGACUCGGUGCACUUGAACAGAAUAACACCUCAACAUGAGCGAAUCUAUUUAAUUGUCAAGGCUACAGUUCAACUUAGCCAUCCUGCUGCUAUGGAGUUAGUGAUAAGGAAGAGGAUUGCAGUCAGUGUUUACAACAAGCAGAGCUUUACACAGAGUCUGAAGAGAAGAAUAUCCAUGAAAAACAUUCUCUAUUCCUGUGGCGUCACAUAUGAAAUAGUGUCGAAUGUACCUAAGGCAUCAGAGGAGACAGAGGACAGAGAGACAUUGGCGCUCAUGGCAGCGAGGGAAGAGAACGAGGGUACGGCUGACGGAGAGACCUACAUUGAGAAGUAUACUCGAGGAGUGCUGGAGGUGGAGAAUAUCCUGAGCCUGGAGCGGCUGAGACAGGCUGUUACAGUUAAAGAAGCACUUUCUGCAAAAGGAAAGCAUAUAAGGAGAAGCAUCAGCACGCCUAAUGUCCAACAUGUGUCCUGUAGCAGAUUAGACCUCUCUGGGUGUGAUGAAGAUGAUUUCAAGGGUCACUCAGAAAGCCAACUCGACAUAUCUGACUGUUCUUCCAACUGUCAGGACUUAUCGUUUUAUGGCACACUGCCCAAGGACUCCCCACGCAAGAGUAAAGAAAAUACUGGUGCUCUGCAAGAAGGCCCCCUUUUCUUUAACGCAAGUCCAUUUAGAGCAUUAUCACCUCAGCCAUCAAAGUUCCUCAAGUCGUUAAUGCCCGUUAAAGAAGAGCACAAAGUAAAGAACCCUUUGGAGUCCAGACCUCUCCUCGGACAGAGUAUGCCUCCACCUCAGGAUAGUUCUAGGCUGGCACACAAUGCUGCCAGGGUUGCGCCCUCAGGAUGUAAUGCCAGCAGCAUGCCAGUAGAAAACAGUAAAACACACGGAGAUAAGACUGAUUCUGAGGAUGACGAUAAUGAUGUAGAUGUUCUGAGCAAGCAAAGUAUGGGCUCCCAGGAUUGUCACGGUUUCCAGCCUUACAUCCCUGAAGACUUUGCCAACUUUGAAGUUUACAAUGCUACCCUGGACAACAAGGACUUCAAGACGGAUUUCAUGAGCUCGCGUUUCUUGGAGAAGGAAGUCUCCCGCAGCUCUACGGCUAGCAGUGUAACCAGUGGCUACUUCUCCCACAGUGCCUCAAACACAACUCUUUCUGAUGUCAUGUUUACUGGAAGUGACAGCAAUGACCAGCUGGCCAAUCAGACAAGAGAGGUGGAGCCCCACGACCUCUCUCGGUCAGCACCACUGGAACCUUUGGAACAAGUGGGGAACCCAGCUAUGCACGUAGGCAAAAACUCCCCAGUAAACAAAAGUGCCUUAGAGAAAGAGUCAUCCGCCCUCACUCAAAUCCAACCAGAAAAUCCUUCCACAACUAUGUUGGAUUCUUCACCAAGAACACCAAAUUGUAAGGAUGAAAUAUCAGUUAUGGAAGAACAAGCUUUGGAUAAGAUGGAGGACAUUUCUACUCAAGAGAAUUUUACAGACAUUUUAAGUCAAGAGUUUACAGACUUUAAAGGUGCGGAAGAUGGGAAGGAUCUGGGGUCUUUUGAAGGUCAGUUUCAGGUUGCAGAAACUGAGAAUGUUGACAUACAUUUAUUAAGUUACAGCAAUGGUUCACACAACAACAGCAGUGUAGUUGAGCAAACCUCCACCCAAAUGCGAAACGGGAGAGAAUCGCAUCUCGUCCAUUCUGACCAGACCCAAACUCAACAGAACCUCGAUCACCGGUUGUCGAGUGAUUUUGAGAGCCUUUUGAAAACGGUAGAACAGAUCCCUGGUGCUUUGAAUGAAUCCUUUGUGAACUCUACCUGUCCAGGUAUAGAUAAUUCUGCAAAUCAUUUGGAUUCCUCAAGCAGUGAUGACAGCACAUCUGUAGGACAGUCACCAGUAUUGCCUGCCUGGAUUGUGGUGGGGGAACAUGUGUGUAUAGGAAAUAAGACUGGAACUAUUCACUAUGUGGGUUUGGUUGAUUUCUCAGAAGGAACGUGGGUUGGAGUUGAGCUUGACCUUCCAGCUGGUAAACAUGACGGCACUGUGCAAGGAAAAGAAUACUUCCACUGUGCCUCUGGUCAUGGUGUGUUCGUGAAGCCAAGCCGGCUUUCAAAAGCCCCUAGCAAGGUGAAGCAGCACAGCAGCACUUUGAGGUCACAAGUGCCAGCCAAUCGGGAGAAAAGGAAAAGCGGAGUACUCAAUCCAGGGUCAUCGUCAAAGACAGAGGGGACGGACACAGCAACAGUGCUGCAGCGAGCGGGGGAUACAGCCUUUUCCAAGAAACAGGACAACAGAAAAUCCUGGGUCAGCUGAGAUACGCCUUUUGCACUUAAUAUACUAUAUAUAUAUAUAUAUAUAUAUAUAUAUAUAUAUAUAUAUAUAUAUAUAUAUAUAUAUAUACAUAUAUAUAUAUAUAUAUAUAUAGACACACACACACACACACACACACACACACACACAGGUAAGGGUGUUUGAAAAUCCACUGUUAUUGAAUGUAAUCUAGAGAAUUCUGACUAAGUCCGUUUUUCUUUUUUUAUUAUUAGAUAACUGCAAAUAGCAGAUAGUGGAUGCACACUGAAAUGCAAUGUAUCCAAGACCGAUGUAGAUAGUGUAAGGUACUGUGCUUCUUGUACUACGCUUUUAACAAGGAUGAUGUGUUUUAGUCAAGAAAUGUAAUAUUUUAUUGGAAAGAAGAAAUGUUGUGAGAUAUAUUGAUUUGAAUACUUUUAAAUAUUGUUAAUUACCAAAGAACCUCUUAUUGUAUCUCUACACCCUUCUUUUGUAACUGUUUGUAUACAUUUUGUUUUCUUUUUUUUCUUUGUCAUUUUUUAUUGUAACAGUGCCAUAUUUACUUUGGUUACUAGGUAAGAUGAUAAUGCCUUAUAAUUCUCCUGUGUUAAUAAGCACAUUGAGUGUUUCAUGGAUUGUGUGUCUUCCUGGAAGGCUGCUGCUGUGCUGACUGGGUGUAGAACUGAAAAUGUUACAAACUUAGCCAUCAUGUUUUAUGCAGUGCCCAGAGGCUAUGAGUAUUGCAUUUAAAAAUUCUCAAACAUGCCUGUCUGGCAGUUUUAAUACUGAAACAGUGUUACUACAACAAAGGCUUUUUUUUUUUUUUGUAUUGGUUUACAAAAGCAAGUAUGUGUGUGCGUGUGCGAGUGUGGGACUGUUUUGCAAGGUUUUGUAGGUUUCUACGUGAGCAGUUGAUGGGAAGCAUGUCAUGAUUUUCUGUACUGAAUGAUCGGGUCUUCUGGUUGAUUUAAGUAUUGCAAAAAAAAAAAAAAACUAAACAAAACAACUACUAAACAGCAGUUCAUUAUGAAGUCGUGCGUUUCGUCAAUUACAGGUUGAAGAAUGGUUACAACAACAAUUGGCCUGCUGUCAUUUUCACAUUUCAAGAAACCUGGGACCUUACAGUUUUAAAAGCUGCUGCUGUUGUUCUUGAGUUAAUGGUGUAUAUAGUUCCCAAUCAAAUCAUAGUGUUUACUAUGUUAUAAUGUACAUAAUUGUAAUUUAUACUGUAUUUCAGCAUACUGUAUUUAAUUGGUACAGAAGUGUUUUAGAAUACAGAAUGUUUACACUCUAAAAGUCUGCUCUGAUUUUUUUUCAUUAUGUAUUGAUGUAUGUUCAAGACUCUUCUCGUCUUUAAAACUUUGUUUCUACUUGAGUAAUUACAGCAAAGUGUAAUUGGGUGCCUGGCAUAAUAUUUAGGAACACCUGUAUCCCAGACUGCAGUUAAAAAUAUCUACAAUGUAAGUAAAACAAUACAAAAAAUGAUGUGUCCAGAAGUAUGAAAGUAUGUACUAGAAAAUUACUGAAUAUGCAGGAAAUGUUAAAAGUAUGC